UAUUAUUUAAGAAAUGAUAAUAGUUCUAUGUCUGUUGAUUUUAAGUGUGUAUGGGUAGAAUGAAGUGAAGGUUUCAUUUAAUGAACUGGAAUCUCCAGUGUCUAAUAUUUAUUGGUGUGGAUCAUCUGUUGUUUUUACAAAAGAUGAUGAAACAAUAGAAUAAACUCAUUAGGAGAGCAGAAAAGUCUUAUUCAUUCUAACAGAUAAGGGGAAAAUAUGGAGAUCAGCAGAUUAUGGAUAAACAUGGUUAGAUGAGACUAAGAGUUGGGAAAAGAUGGAACCAGAGAAUAAAUAAUUAUAAUUCGAAAGUAUUCAUAUUUCACCAGCUGAUUCAAGGGUUAUAUUCUUUUUUGGUUCAAACGGUAUUAGUUAUAAAUCUAAGAACUGUGGAAGAACAUAUACUAGGUUUACACAUUCGGAAGAUCUCUAUGAUUUUAAAUUAAAUAAGAUGGAUCCAUAAUGGAUUAUGGCUUUCAAAGACAAACCUUGUGGAAAAAAUGAUAUCAAUUGUAAAGACUUUUAUAAAAAAUCGAUAUAUGUAACUGAAGAUGGAGGAGAAACUUGGAAAUCAGCAUUAAAUUAUGUGAGAGAUGCAGCAUGGGAUAAAUUACUAUAAUAUCAAUUAAUACCUGAUUAAAGAAUAAUAGUAUGUCACAUGUAGGAGGGAAAAUCAGUUAUUUCAUAUUCUGAUGAUUACUUUACUACAAUAGAAACAAUGUAAGAAAAUGCUUUAGGAUUCUUUCAGACUUCCCAUUAUAUUUUUGUGUUAACAACAGGAGAAGAUGGUGAAACUGGAUAUGAAUUGCUAAUUGCACCAGCCUAUUUAGAUAAAUUCUAACCUUAACCUGUAUAGUUGCCGAUUCCUUUGAAUUAGCAUACUUUUACGAUUCUUGAUACCUCAGAAGGAUAAAUAUUUCUAUCUGUUUCCCACAAAGAAGAAAAUUAAAGAUUAACUAAUGUAUAUGUAAGUGAUUUUAGAGGGUUUAAAUUUACUCUAUCGUUAUUACAUAAUGUAAGAUCACUUGAUACAGGAAAUUGUGAUUUUGAGAGAAUGUUAGGCAUGGAAGGAGUAUAUGUAUCUAAUGUCUUUGAUCAUUAAGAGGUAGAAAAAUCAAAAUCAAGAAGUUCUAUAACACCAGCAACUUUAGAAUUAUAUAAAAAAACUGUAAAAUUUAAUAUAUAUAGAUUUUUAGUUCAUUUCUUAUGAUAGAGGUGGUUAAUGGCAUCCAUUAAAGGCUCCAGAGAUUGACUCAAAAGGAUAGGAGAUUUUAUGUUCUGGAGAUUGUUCUUUACAUUUGAAAGGAAGAACAGAAGCCAAUCAAAAUCCUCUUUAUUCUAGUUAAAAUGCUCCAGGACUUAGUAUUGGUGUUGGAAAUACUGGUUUAUAUUUAACUUAGAAGGAUCAUGAAAUCAAUACUUAUCUUACUAGAGAUGGAGGACAUGAAUGGUUUGAAAUUAGGAAGGGAUCUCAUAUGUAUGAAAUUGGAGAUAGAGGAGGUCUUAUUGUUAUGGCACAAGAUGAUAAACCUAUCAAUCAAAUCAUCUAUUCUUGGGAUUAAGGGUUUUCUUGGGAUGAAGUUAAAAUUGCUGAUAAAGAGUUUGAAAUUUAAAAUAUAGUCACAGAACCUUCGAAUAUGGAGCAAAAGUUCAUUGUUUAUGGAUAAAGCAGAUCCAAAGAAAAUUAAUUAAAAGGAUAUGUUGUAGCAUUGAACUUCUAAACUCUUCAUUAAAGAGUCUGCUCUGGUGCUUGGGAUCCUACUAUGCCAGAGUCAGAUUAUGAAUUUUGGAUUCCAAAAAACUUUGAAUCUGGCAAAUGUUUAUUUGGUAGAAAAAUCAAAUACAUAAGGAGAAAACGAGAGGCCUAAUGUUUCAAUCAAGAAGAAAUUGAUAAAAAGUUUUAUAUCGAAACUUGUUCUUGCAUUGAAGAUGAUUGGGAAUGUGAUUUUGGAUUCUACAGAAAAAUCGAAGGAGGACCUUGUGUUCCUAUUGCUGAUAAUUUUGAAGAAGAUGAUACUCCUGAUUUAUUAAAGCCACCUACUAAUUGCAAAAAGACAUAUAUGAAAACUUAAGGUUAUAGAAAGGUCUCAGGAGAUUAUUGUUAAGGAGGCAUUGAUCUAUCACCAGUUGAAACACCUUGUCCAGAUUCACAAACUAAUAAUACUUCAUUUAAUGAUACUUAAAUACCAAUUAUUGAUCAUUAAUAACCUACAAUAAGUAAACCACCAAUAAAAAACUCUACAACUUUACCAGGUAAUUCAUCUAAGAUUAAUUCUUAUUUUUGGUACUUCGUAGUCUUUUUAGGAGUUAUCGUAAUUAUAUUAUUUAAGGAUAAAAUAAUCAAGUAUUUUCUUUAAUUUAUCAAUUAUAGUCUAUUUAACAGCAAAGCUCCAAAGAAGUCCUCUUCUUAUAUGGAAAAAAGAAAUUAUGAACAACUUAAAUUAUUUAAUGGAAAUGAUGAUGAUGAUGAGGCUGGCCUUUGA